AUCGAGCUUCCCAGAUCGACGUUAAAAGAUGGUGAAUGCACGUAUAUUUGAAACACUUGAAAUGACACAUUUAAAAAGUAUAAACCUUUCAAAUGCUUCGUGGUACGCAAAGUAACAAACUAUAAAAAUGUAUAAAAUGAACUGUUAUUAUUCCAUAACUAUAUGAUUGUUAUACACUAAAUAGUAAAAAAGUGUUGUUUCAACACCGGAUGCAUGUUUGCCAUUCCGCAAUAUGCUCAUUUUCCGUAAACAGCAAUAAAAUCAUGUGACAUGAUAGUUUAUUGUCUUGAUUGAGGUCAAGUUAUAGCAAAAAAUAAACGACAGUAAUAUGUAUACUUUUUUACUUUCAGAAACGAAAAAUGGUUGUCGAGUCCACCUCAACGCAAGUGCUCAGGGAUUUGGAGAUAUCGUUACGUACAAAUCAUAUAGAAUGGGUUAGGGAAUUUUUAAAUGAAGAAAAUCUUGGAUUGGACGUCCUGAUAGACUACCUCAGUUUUCGCUUGGGCAUGAUGAGGCAUGAGCAAAGAAUUGCCGAGUCACGAACGCCAUCGGAAGAAAAAUUAGGAUCCACCAAUUUACCUAGUACAAAUUUAACUAUAGAUAAAAGUAAUGGUUAUAUGAGGAUGCCGAUAGAAAUGCAAGGCAGUCCAAGUUUGAAAAGGAGGUCGAAACAUGUUGCCAAGUUGAAAAUGGGCGAUUCCAAAGAUGAUAUUCAUGUGUGCAUUAUGUGUAUGAGGGCAAUCAUGAACAAUAAGUAUGGUUUCAACAUGGUUAUCCAGCAUAGAGAAGCUAUCAACUGCAUAUCGUUGAGUCUGAUCCACAAAAGUUUACGAACGAAAGCUUUAGUCCUGGAACUUCUAGCAGCAAUAUGCUUAGUGAAAGGUGGUCACGAGAUAAUUCUAUCUGCCUUCGAUAAUUUCAAAGAAGUAUGCCAUGAGGUGCAUCGAUUUCAGACCUUGAUGGACUACUUUUUGCAUUACGAAGUCUUUCACAUAGAAUUUAUGGUGGCAUGUAUGCAGUUUGUGAACAUCAUAGUUCACUCUGUCGAGGACAUGAAUUUUAGAGUCCAUCUACAGUACGAAUUCACUGCCUUAGGGCUUGAUGAGUACUUGGAAAAGUUAAAGUUUACAGAGAGCGAAGAAUUGCAUGUGCAAAUUUCUGCUUAUUUGGACAACGUGUUCGAUGUUGCCGCAUUAAUGGAAGAUAGUGAAACCAAAACGGCAGCACUGGAAAAAGUCACAGAAUUGGAGGAGGAGGUAGCAACGCUACACGAGAGCUUACAAGAAGUGGAACAUAGGGCAUUAGAACAAAUAGCUAGUCUAGAAACAGAACUGAUACAGGUUAGGCAAGAAAGAGAUGAAUUAUUAGAGGUUAAGAAAAGGGCUGAUGAAGAAGUAUCAACGUUAAGAAGGGUUGUGCAACAUCAUGAGCAGGAGUCAAGAAAUAGGCAGUCUAUGUUCGAAUCAAAAAUGGCAGAACUGGGGAAACAAUCGCCUGAAAAUGGACCGACCUCACCGCAUCAUCAUAGUAGUCUGCCUCAUACGAUGGACUCCGCAGACCACCUUCCCCCUCCACCACCACCUCUAGAGGCUUUCACAUCUGUCCCUCCUCCUCCAGCCCCUCCCACUCCAGCAGCAGCACCCCCACCACCGCCUUGUCCCCCUCCACCGCCCUUGAGGCACGGUUUUGCUCCGCCUCCGCCGCCUGCUGGGCUUAUGCAGGCACCAGAUGGAGCGAUGACCAUCAAGAGGAAGGUGCAGACCAAAUACAAGUUGCCCACCGUCAACUGGAUAGCGCUUAAGCCUAAUCAGGUUAAGGGGACUGUGUUUAACGAGUUGGAUGAUGACAAAUUACAUUCGUGCAUAGACUUCAUCGACUUUGAGGAACGUUUUAAGAUUGGCAACGCCAAUCUGAUGUCGAAUGGGGUGGCUGAAACGGACGGGCUAACAACAUUCCCCAGCAAAAGGUGCAAGAAGCCUGAAAACGUCACAUUACUGGAGCAUACGAGACUUAGAAAUAUUGCCAUAUCUCGACGGAAACUGGAGAUGUCCGCAGAGAAAGUGAUUAACGCCAUAAACACUCUGGAUUUGAAGCAGCUGUCGCUCGAGAAUGUGGAGUUGCUUCAGAGAAUGGUACCCUCGGAACAGGAGACCAAAGCUUACAGGGAAUACAUAAACGAAAAGAAGAACGUCAAUUUAUUGACGGAAGAAGACAAGUUCCUAUUACAACUCACCAAAGUCGAGAGGAUAUCGGCCAAGUUGUCCAUUAUGAGUUAUAUUGGAAACUUUUUCGAUAAUUUGCAUCUUGUCACACCUCAAAUUCACGCGAUUAUCUCCAGUUCGAACUCUGUGAAAAACUCGAAGAAACUUCGCUCCGUCUUGGAGAUAAUCCUUGCCUUUGGUAACUACCUGAAUAGCAGCAAGAGAGGACCUGCAUACGGCUUUAAGCUGCAGUCCUUAGACACCCUUCUAGAUACUAAAUCUACAGACAAAAGACUAUGCCUUCUACAUUAUAUCGUCGCCACUAUCAGGCAGAAGUUCCCUGAGCUUCUGAACUUCGAUACAGAGUUGCACUACAUCGAAAAAGCAGCAGUCGUAUCAUUGGAGAACAUCAACACAGACGUUGCCGAACUGGAGAAGGGAAUGGAGGCAGUAAGACGUGAGGCCGAGAUCCGAGGUAGAGGUGGUGGCGGUUGCUCGUUGGUAGUGAAAGACUUCUUGGCCAACGCGGAGGACAAACUAAGGAGGUUGAAGUCUGACGCGAAAGCGGCACAAGAGGCGUUCAGGGAGUGCGUAGAGUACUUCGCUGAAAGUCCACGGUCGACCGAUGCCAAUGCAUUCUUCUCGCUGUUGGUUAGGUUCGUCAAAGCUUUCAAGGCGGCAGAUCAAGAAAAUGAACAGCGGAGAAGGCUGGAACUGGCAGCUCAAAAUGCGGCCAAUAACAAAGCCGAAGAAGACGUUGCAAAACGGAAUAAAAUCAACCAGAAAAAACAACAGGAAGCCGUCAUAAAUGAACUAAAGACAAAGACGCGCUUGGUGCAAGAAAAGAAGCUAUUGCAGCAAGAUGAGGUGUACAAUGGUGCCCUUGAGGACAUCCUGUUGGGCCUGAGGAGCGAGCCUUACCGCAGAGCAGACGCGGUAAGGCGCAGUCAGCGUAGACGUAUUGACAAUAACCGCCUGAGCAAGACUGCAGAGGAGAUGGAAGUGUGAAUGAGUAUGUAGGAGGCGUUAUAUGCGUGAUAAUCAAUAGGCAGGUUGUUGAGCUUGAGUUUUGUGGGUUUUAUAUGGUGAAAGUAUCAAACUUAUGUUGAUGGAACUCAAGGUAGUACAAGUAAGGCAUGGUUUUAUGUAUAUCUAUACACACCGUAAAGCUUCUUCCCUAAGUUACGUCCAAGGAAAAAUAAGUUUGCAUGAAUUCACCAUGACGUUAUUUUUCAUUGGAUUUAAAGCAAGUUUUGUUCCUUUGACAAUGAAUGACAAAGCUCAUGUGAAAAAUAUGCAUUUUUGUUCUUAUCGUGAUUUGAGUCGGCUCUAAGACCUACAACAGUAUUUAAAUAUUAUAAUAAUGAAUUUCAGAUACUCUUAGAGUUAUACUUUCUAAAGUAGCAUAAUACUUCAUUAAACAGAUAUAAAAACUGCCUGAGCUUUUACGAAUUUAGAAUAGGCGCUACAACGUAAACGACUGUGUCCAGUUUAACUUCUUGUCUCUUAUAAUUUGAUGUGUAUAAUCCAGUGGACAAAAUGUACAAUAACAAUGAGAAUCUUGACACUUAAAGCAAACACCAAUAGGUACUAACAAUGUGUUUUGCAAUCGUCAAGUAUCUCAAAAUUCAUACAUACUUGAGUAAGAGUGUAUGAAGUAUGUUAUAGGUUACUAAAUCUUCCUGAAAAGAAGUUGUUUCUCUUCGGUUUUAUAAACUUCCUGAAAAAUUGAAUUACAAAAAAGCAGACAUAUUUGUUUUAGUAAAAAUUUAGAUAACUUUUAUAUAUAUACUUUAGCUCUAGAAUAAAUUAACCAUUUUAGAUAGGCUCUUUGAUUACCAGUAAGAGUAAUAUUUGCUUGAAUUAAAUAGAAUGGUCAGCUCGCUCCUGAAUUAUAAUCAGUUAUUUGAAUUAUGUAAUAAAUCGCUGGGUCUUAAAAUGCCAUUUGACACAUUAAGAACAAAAAUGUACAGAUUGAUUUAUUCUAGCAAAUGCCUGUUGUUCCUAACAAAUAAUUGUUUUUCAUCGGUUAUGCUAAACGCAGUUGGUCAUCCUACUAGAAAUCAAUAUUUUUUCUUGCGUUUUUGUGCAGUUUUUCAAACGAAAACUUGUUUCCAGGAGCUCUCUUUGAUAUUCGUCCAUGACAUGAUCUGUAAGUGUCAAUUAUAUUUUUACUACCGCCUUUAGUACUAAUGUCAAUAAAAUUGAUAUUUGAGAAAAUAUAAAUAAUUUAAACGACUGAAUUACGUGCCUUUAUAUGGGAACCAAAGACGAAAUUCCUUCAGUAAAUGUCUGUACAAAAACUGUCAUUAUUUUCAUUUUAUGCCAUCUUUCUUUACUUUAUUUGCUCGUCUCAAAGUGGUAUAAUGGUUGUAUGAUAUGAAAACAUAAAUUUUCGAGCACACUUGAGUCCAAUCAGUUGCUAUAUAUUGUGUACAUAUUUUGUUUGUAGCCACAUAUUUUGUAUAUGUUGAGAAUACUCCGCGAAUAAUGUAAGUACUAUAUCGUAUAACCAAAAAUUGUGAUUUAUAUUGUUUUUAUGAGCAGUUAUUGUAUAUAUCCUAGGUUAAAAAAAUUAUUAUUAUUCAACAUAUUUACGCAUACGUUUAUUAUUCUUAGAAUGGUAUUACAGCGGUUCAGUUGAAAUAUGUUUUGAUAAAAUUUAUAUAACAUUCCUAGAAAGUUCAUAUAACUGUCGCACAAUUUUAUGUGAUCUCGAAGAUUCUUAGAAAAUGCAAUAUUUUUGUGACAGUUUCUAAAAAACAUUUUUAUAAAAAGACGUUUCUUUAAUAAUAAAACUUUU